AUGCUCGUGCUGAUCGCGGGCACGCAUGGCGUCGAGGGCCAUUGCGGCUCGGGCGCGGAGAUCGCCUGGCUGCGCUCGGGUGGUCCCGCCAGGCUGCCCCGCAAUACCGGCGCGCUGAUCAUUCACGCCCUCAAUCCCUACGGCUUCGCGUGGACGCGCCGCGUCACCGAGGACAAUGUCGAUCUCAACCGUAACUUCGUCGACCACGACAAGGGCUAUCCCAACAACGACGGCUAUCUCGCCAUCGCCGACGCCGUGCUGCCCCGGACAUGGGAUGACGCCAGCAAGGCCGAGACCGAGCGCGUGUUCGCGGCCUAUGCCCAGAAGCAUGGCGCCUUCGGCCUGCAGGGUGCGCUCAGCGGCGGCCAGUACACCCAUCCCGACGGCAUCUUCUUCGGCGGCAAUGCGCCGACCUGGAGCAACCGCACGGUGCGCGCCAUCGCGCGCGAGGAGCUGUCGCAGGCCAGGCGCGUCGGCAUCAUCGAUUUCCAUACCGGCCUCGGGCCGUUCGGCCACGGCGAGCUGAUCUGCGCGGUGUCGCCGGCCGCCAGGAAUUCUGCCAGUCGCACGAGGAAGGCUGGAGCUCGUCCCUGGAUCAGCUCGGCCAAUACGCGCCACGCCUGUGAACGCGGCACAACAAGACGGAGUAGGCAUCGUGACGGACGACAAGGCGGGGCACCUCGCGAUCCUGCAGGAUCUCAACCAUCACUACGUGCGCUCUGUCGGCGAGGCCGACGUGCAGUGGUUCGACCGGAACCUCUCACAGGAUUUCUACAAUACCAACCCCGAUGGCACGCUGAUCGACCGCGCGGCCUUCCUGGCCCAGAUCGGCCGCGGCUCGGCGGUGAAAGGCAUCCACGAGCAUGA